UAUAGUGUAAUCUUCAAUGUCAGGGAAGCUUAAAUAUUUUGUAAUCUCUGCUCCUAGCGCAUUUUCAUAAUUAUCUGUCAGACAAUUUUGAACAAUGAUACGAUAAGGAGAGCUACCUGCGUACUCACCUCAGUUUUACAAAAUAGACAGACCGUUCAGUCAACUUGUGAUCGUAAAAAUGAGUGCCAGCGAUGAUUUUGACGUGAUGCUGAAUGAAAUCGGCGAUUUUGGUCGGUAUCAAGUGGGCCAGUACGUUUUAUAUGGUUUGGUUUUCUUCUAUAGCGCGUUUAGCCCGAUUGUUUACAUCUUCACAGCAACGCUCGUGCCACAUAGGUGUUUGAUCAAAGAAUGUGGGGACGACAGCGAAACAUCUCCUUUCAGCCCAUCUUGGCUGAAAGACGCCGUACCUUUUACUUCUGGGGAGCCUGAAAAGUGCCUCCAAUUUCUCUCCUUGAAUAAUACUCCUGCACUUUGCGACUUUGACAACUCGAUGACAGUGAAAUGUUCUGAUUGGGUUCUCGGUGGGCCCGAGAGAUCCAUACAAACUGAGUUUGACCUUAUGUGCUCAGAAAAUGAAUGGAAAAUGGCGUUGACUGGAUCAGUCAACAGUUUAGGCGUUUUAAUCAGUGUUCCGGUAGUAGGAUAUUUUUCCGAUAGGUAUGGAAGAAAACUUUUGCUGAUAGUAACGCUCGUGGCUUCCGCAAUUCUGACUCUGGUGAAAUCUGCUGCUUUCGAUUACAUUUUCUUCAUAGUUUUUGAGUUUCUCGAAGCACUGUUUAGCGGAGGAAUAUACGGAAUUGCGUUUGUGCUAGCUUUGGAAUACGUCUCACCAAAGCGGAGGGUCGCUCUAGGAGAUAUGAUAGCAGCUUGGUCGUACACACUGGGGAACAUUUUUGUCGGCGUGAUAGCCUGGGCGCUAAAGGACUGGCGCCAAAUUUUGUGGGUUCUAAAUGCACCAGCUCUUCUAUUUAUUAUCCUCAUUUGGUUGAUACCUGAGUCCAUCCGCUGGCUACUAUCCCAGGGCAGAUACGGCGACGCAAAAGAUAUCUUUACCAAAACCUUAAAGUACAACAGAAAGCAGAUCAGCAAGGAGAGCCAAGAAAAGUUGGAUCUGUGGGAAAAUACUGGGUCUGCGAUUACCACGAGCGAUGGAGACGAAUCUCUCUGGACUUCGAUCAAGUUAGUCAGCAAGUCACGUAUUUUGAUAAUACGACUGUUCAUUUGCUUUUAUUGCUGGAUUGUUAUCACUUUUGUUUAUUAUGGAUUGACCCUGAACUCUGUGAAUUUGGCUGGAACAGAUGACAUGUACCUAAACUACAUUGUUGCCUCUCUUGCUGAUAUGCCGGCGGCCCUGUUAACAUGGAUCGGAAUGUCCAAGAUCGGUAGACGAAAGACCCUCUGCCUGACCCUUUUGGUCAGCGGAUUGGCGUGCUUUGUCAACCCUUUCGUGCCGGACGACGCAAUAGAAUUUCGAGUGCCUCUCUACGUUUUGGGGAAGCUGGCAAUCGCCGGCGCCUUCGGGGUCAUUUACAUGAUCAACGCGGAGAUCUUCCCGACCAAAUUGAGAACGUCCCUGCUCGGCCUGUGCUCCAUGGUGGGACGCAUUGGAAACAUUCUGGCGCCACUCACCCCUUUGCUGACGAAAUAUUCCAAGUUUCUGCCGCUGUCAAUUUUCGGCGUGAUGGCACUCGUCGCGGGCGGAUUGGCAUUCCUGCUGCCUGAGACGAAGGGACGUGCCCUGCCUGAAACAGUGCAAGACGCAGAAAAUCUCGGACGUGAGCAGAAAAGCAAGGAAUCGCGUUCUAAUAGCCACUGAUGUUAUUUCCAGAGCGCGCGGAAUAUAGUUUGCUCGUCAAAUAAGUAAACGUUUUCUUUCCUCUCUCUCUCUCGUCUAUAGAUGUGUUUUGCGUAAGCUGUGCAUGCAUAUAUCAGACAGUCCCAUGACAUCUCCUGGGAAUAGAACCUCAACCCAAUACCAAGAAGCAGCAGUGUAUAGAUCAUAUAAAAAAUAAGUACGUGCGAAAAGGCAAAAACAGCAGCAGCAGAGCAUGUUGUGCGCAUAAAAACACCUCCGAGGCACAUACCCAGUUUCGCCGAGUGCCAAUUUGCAUACAUAGCAGCCCGGGGUCGCAAAAAUAUGCAAGCAACUUUUCCAUUUGCAAUAUUGGCUUUAUUAGCCGCUGGAUGGGCGGAGAAAGAAAGGCAUCAAGCCUUCUGUCGUGUUUAUAUUGUAUGGUGUAAGAUGAUCAAUAAAAUUCUAUCGCGCAAAACCGCUCAAGGCGUCAUGCAUAAAUGCUUUCUUCCCACGACGGAAUGAAUAUUUUAUGCGUACUAUUUAUUAUUAACAAACGAUAUCGCUGAGUCAUGCUGAUGGUUUGCUGCGUAUUAGACACUUCCACCCGAAAUUGAUGCAAACUCAUUUCGCUGUAAUAUAUCAUUCUACAUUACGCCAUCGUGAAAAAUGCCGGGUGUAGGCCGAAAACCUGCACGCCAAACUAAAUACGCUGCCCGUCUGGGUGGAGUAAUUUGAACCCUUUCGUGCUAAUUAGGAUUAAAAGAUUAUUUUGGCUUCGGCGCACCACUCAAAUGGU